AUGAAAUAUCCUUCAAUUACAAGAGAAUACACGUUUCCGGCCACAGGUCGCGUAAGCAUUUCGAAAGUGGAGGGGCAUAGGCCAAAAGGGGGCACUUUUUUAUAUGACCAAAAUCAAACGAUUUUAUGUCGUUCACGAGCCGAAAGAAAAUUUUUGACAUAUAGUCAGUCUUAUAGCAGAAACCACAUCGUUUUUGCCGAGCUUGCUGUUUGGAAGGUUAUUUGAAAAAGCUUCAAGCAUUUAUUACAGUAAUCAAAUUCCUUAGCGCUCAUUCGUGGACUGAAAUUGAGACCGCAUUUGCCCCAUCGUAUUUUCUAAAUCUGUCCACAUAAAGCUACAAUAUUUGGACAUGAACCUUUCAGCCUUUCCCGCACGUUGUAACCAAUAAUAUAUUGGCGCUGUAAAGCCCAAUAUUGUAUGCAAUAAAGUACUGCAAUAAAGUAUAACCCUAACCUAAACGCUAAUCCUAACUUUAAUCCUAACCCCAAAGCCGAUGACCUCUUCUGUUCUUCCGACCGUCUCCCCACCCUGCCUCGACCGACCUCCCUUUUAGGGCCAUUACAUUUAUAACUAAAACUUUUGUCCAAUGCUUGUGGUUUUGUCUUCAGUUACGAUGCAAUACUUUAUUGCAUACAAUGGCUUUACAACGCCAAUAGAUUAUUGGUUACAACGUGCGGAACGGGUGAUCUUUUAUUAUGGCAGUGUGGCUGUAGCUAUAAGUAUAUACUCUCUUAUCCUAUUUCUAGUUUGGAAUGUGGACUAUUGUCAAAUAUUAAAACACAUAACAGUUGAAGAUAUGUAAGUCUAAGAUUCAAUUUAACAGUAACGCGUAAUUGCAUGAAAAGCCAUUGCACAAAUUGCAGACGGGUUAGAAUUCAUUAUAACCCAUUAUUUUUAGGAAUGAAUUGGAGAGGUCGUUUCUGGAGUUCUUGCAGUUUAAUAUCAACGUACCGUCCAGUGUCAACGCCAAAUACUACUUCGACCUAAGGUCGCUAGCUGAAGAAAACGAACUGGCUUUUCCCUUGGAACCAUUGAGUAGAGAAAGAGCUAAAAAGCUAGAGGUACUGUAAAUUGUCCGUGGGUGGAUUUUACUAAAGGAGUAUAAAGCACUGUCGUGUAGUAGACGAUAGUCAACCCAUUUUCAUUUUUUCUGUAUAAUUAGUAUAGUCUUUUAUUUGAUAAAACCCACCGAAGAAAUUGUUGCAAUAUUUCUCAAAUGAUUGCCCAGUUUUGGAAACAUUGUUGUAGAACUCUAUGGCUAACUGAAUAUAUUGUGUAUUAAUCACUGUUAAAUUAUUGUUGUUAGCUGUCUUGUUCAGCCUCAUGGUUGUUACAGUUAGCUUGUAUACCUACUACUAUGUUUCAUUCUUUUCUUCUCUUCAAUAUGUAAAUAGCUGGUAAUUAUGGUACUAAUUAACACAAUGAUGAUGAUUCUGAUUCUGAACUAGCCUGUAUUCUUGGGUUUCAUGACGGCAUUAUGCAGUGAAUCUGACGGGGGGGGGGGAUCAACCUCAAAUGUAUUGAUGUUUAUGCAGUACAGGAGUGAGAAAAUGAUACGAAAUUCCAUGUAUUUGCCACGAAACACAAGACUAAUACAUAAAACGAACGAUUGACUCACUCUGAUAACUGUGUUUUGUUUUAGAGUUGACCCCCUCCCCCGUCCCUUUUGUGACGUCAUAUGAAACCCAAGAAUAAGGCUAUAGGAUUGUUUCUAACUAUAUUUUUUUUCGUUCCCAGGCGAUCUCAAGUAUCUGCGACAACAUGACAGAUCUAUCUCUACCAAAUUUAAAACGAACUUCAAGUCUUGACGCUUUGACGUCGAAACGAUCAA